GAAAGCGGGCAGCAAGGGGCGGCGCCAGGAGGCACCCUUAGCCUUGAGGUAUAAGCCCGGUAGUAGUUGCUCGUUCUUUCUGUUGCCCGCCCCCCCUCAGCAGCCGCCUCCGUCUCCCCUCGCUAUGUUACUUCGGCUCCGUGUCAGCCUCUCCCUCCUCCUCCUCCUCCUCCUCCUGAGCUGUGGGACGAGAGGCCAGGAACAGGCGAGCAAAAGCGAAACUCCUCCGCUCCAGAUUGAAACCCUGGUGGCGUCUCCUGUGGGCUGCACCGAGCGCUCGGCGACAGGCGACACUGUGGACAUCCACUACACAGGUAUUCUCGAAGAUGGUCGCAUUAUUGAUACCUCACUCUCCCGUGAUCCAUUGCAAGUGGAAUUGGGCAAAAGACAAGUCAUUCCAGGUUUAGAACAGGGUCUGCUGAAUAUGUGUGUUGGGGAGAAACGAAGAGUCAUUAUCCCUCCUCACCUGGCAUAUGGCAAGCGAGGUUCUCCCCCAGCUAUACCAGCUGAUGCCGUUCUGCAAUUUGAAGUUGAAUUAAUCCAGCUCUCCAGAGCCAAUUACUGGCAGAAGCUAUCCAACGAUAUACUCCCCUUGCUAAGCAUUGUGCUUGUCCCAGCACUGCUGGGACUGAUUGGCUACUAUCUCUACAAGAAAGCCCAGAUGCCCCGAAUAUCUAAGAAGAAACUCAAGGAAGAGAAGAAAAACAAGAUCAAAAAGAAAUAAAGUUGUUCUUUAUC